UCCGAAAUGAAACUGUUUAUAAAGGCAGGAUUGUUUUCGGACCACACACACACACACACACACACACACACACACACACACACACACACACCUGCCCGUUCACGUUGUUUCCUCUGGGUUUCUGUAGGCUGUGACCACAAGCCUGAAUUCCUUUCUGCUGCAGCUGAAAGCCGGCCAGUACAAUUGUCAAAGCAGCUAAACAGGCCACAGGACUUCACCUGGCACAAGUCUUCUAUCCUGCAAGACUGAAUCAGAAUGAGUCACUUGAAGCUCCCGGAACAAAGUACUUGCAGCUGCCUCUCAAGACACUGCCUCCAUGUAGGUGGGACACACCUCUCAGGGCAGUCACAUUUUUUUUUCCUCCUUCCUUCAAACAGGCAGGAAAUUCUGAUGCUCCCAAAAGACUGGCUCUACCCGCUCAGCUCUCAGCUGCCCCUACAAUGUGAAUCCUGCUUCUCCAGCUCGGGACUCGAGUUUUAAAAUAAAAUGGAUGAUUUGACGUUACUUGAUCUCCUGGAGUGCCCUGUGUGCUUUGAAAAGCUCGAUGUCACAGCCAAAGUCCUGCCCUGCCAGCACACCUUCUGCAAACCAUGUCUACAGAGGAUUUUCAAGGCCCACAAGGAGCUGAGGUGCCCGGAAUGCAGGACUCUGGUAUUCUGCAGCAUCGAGGCUCUGCCCGCCAACCUGUUGCUGGUUCGUCUGCUGGAUGGUGUGCGCUCGGGACAGAACUCCUGGAAAGGGGGCUCCUUUCGCAGGCCUCGCAUACUGACCUUGCAAGACCACAGGAAAACCAAGACCAGCCCCAGAAGUCUACAGGCCAGCCCUUUCCGGCUGGUGCCCAGUGUCAGGAUCCACAUGGAUGGGGUGCCUCGAGCCAAGGCCUUGUGCAACUACAGAGGGAAGAAUCCUGGUGACCUGAAGUUCAAUAAAGGAGAUGUCAUCCUCCUCCGGAGACAGCUUGAUGAGAACUGGUACCAGGGGGAGAUCAAUGGGGUCAGUGGGAUCUUCCCGGCCAGCUCCGUGGAAGUCAUCAAGCAGCUGCCCCAGCCGCCACCACUCUGCAGGGCCCUCUACAAUUUUGACCUUCGAGACAAGGAUAAGAGUGAGAACCAGGACUGCCUGACCUUCCUCAAGGAUGACAUCAUCACGGUGAUCAGCCGAGUGGAUGAGAACUGGGCGGAAGGGAAGCUGGGAGAUAAAGUGGGCAUCUUCCCCAUCUUGUUCGUGGAGCCAAACCUCGCAGCAAGACACCUCUUAGAGAAGAACAAAGGACAUCAGUUAUCACGCACGAAAAACCUGUCUCUGAUGUCCUCUCCAUCCAGAGGCAAAGCAACCAACACACUCACCCUCCGAAAGAGCCCUGGGUCCAGGAGGAAGGGGUCUGGGCAGUUCUCCAUCACAACAGCUUUGAACACACUCAACCGCAUGGUCCAUUCUCCUGAAGGUCACCAGAUGGUGGAAAUCAGCACCCCAGUGCUCAUCAGCUCUAGCAGCCCCUCUGUGCUCACUCAGCAUGGGGACAAGGCAGACUUCCCUGCCAACCCUUCAGGACAGGUCAGCACAUCUCACCCUGCACCUGCCUCCCUGGGAUAUUCCACAGCAGUGGUCAGUGUGCCCAGCUCCCAGCAACACCUCUCAGCUAACAUGUGUGUAGCCCUGCACUCGUACUCAGCCCACGGACCUGACGAGCUGGACCUGCAGAAAGGAGAAGGCAUCAAGGUGCUGGGGAAGUACCAAGACGGCUGGCUGAGGGGUCUCUCCCUAGUCACGGGGCGAGCUGGCAUCUUCCCGAGCGACUAUGUCAUCCCCGUUUUCAGUUCAACAGCUAGAAAGACGUCUAGUUUUCCAGAUUCUCGGAGCCCUACUGUCUACACCGCCUGGGCGUUACCCACCUCCUCUGUGUCCUCCCAGGGUAGCUUUUCAGAAGGUGAUCCCCGGCAAAACAGACCCUUCAAAUCUGUCUUUGUGCCUACUGCCGUGGUUAACCCUGCGGGAAGCCCACCUGGCCCAGGGACGUCGGGACAAGGGUCUCUUCGGAAAGGGCGGAACAGCAUGAGGAAGAAUGGAUCCUUGCAGAGAGCAGUCCACUCAGGAAUCCCCACUUUCAUGGUGGGAUCCCUCAGGCGCAGUCCCACCAUGGUGAUCCGGCCUCAGAAGCUCCAGUUCUGUCGGCCACAGGGAAUGACCUCUUCCCCAGCACCCAUGAUGGUGGACAUGGGGUCUAAACCCAUUUCCCCUGGGGAGCCUGCCCCGGCCUGCAUCAGCAGAGGUGGCAAGACCAGGAGCCACUCGGCGGCCAGUUCCCUCAUCAUGGAAGGCAAAGAAAUACCCGUCAAGAGUGAGCCGCCACCCAAGCCGCCUGCGUCUGCCCCACCCUCGAUCUUAGUGAAACCAGAAAAUUCCAAAAAUGGCAUGGAAAAGCAAGUCAAAACCGUGAGGUUUCAGAAUUACAGCCCUCCUCCCACCAAACAUCAUACCUCUGGAAAGCGCGAACAGCCAGCCGCCUUGAAGGGGUCCCAACCUGAAGCAGUCCCCUCAGGAGCAGAGAUGACUGUCCUAUUCGCUCAUCGCAGUGGCUGCCACUCUGGACAACAGAUGGACCUUCGGAAAAAGUCAGCGACGGGCAAGACCAUGCCUCCAGUGUCCACUGCUUCAUCCACACAGACCGUAUUUGCGAGCAAAUGAUUCUUUUGGUGUGGCUUUUCUUAGACACAAAAGAGGUGAAUUACAUGUAAAUACAGCCUGCCUCCACUGCAA